AUAUCAUCGACUAUCAAGUGAAGCUUAACGACUUUACCCCCUGUCUAUAGAAUAUACCUACCUCCUUAGGUAGGUAACCUAUAAUCUUUCUCUAAUCAAACGUUCUUCGGUGACUAUAAAGCUACAAGUACCUGACCUAGUAGAGCCAGCUUGAUUUCGACAAUGGUGGCAAGUGAUUUAUUUCCAUAGGCUCAUUCAAGGCAGCUAGCUAGGUUACCCCAAAUCGGCAUGAUUAAGUGGUGAAGAUGGGUUGCGAACUACAAGCUAGGUACUGUGCCUCGGAUCCUACUCUGCUGCCUCGAUGCAAGGGAGGCCUCUUCGUCAAACGGAACCAAACCCCCCUCCCAUUCAAGGAUGUAUAAUCGAAAUUUCUCACAUUCACCUCAGGCAGUCUCCGAGCUAUAGUAUAAUCAAAAAGGUUGACUUUUACGAACUAAGGCAUCCUCCACUCUUAUUUGCUCCUAUAGGGAUUCGGUAACGCUCUCGUCUGUUACCAGACAUGGGUGCCAAUCGGAAACAUAUGUCCAAGGCCCCGUGCAGCCCUGGAACUAUCAGGUCUUCCGGGUGCGUUGCGCAGGCGGCUUCCCAUACGAAUGGAAUUCCACACCAUGGUGGUGGCAUCGAGCCGGCCGUAUUUAGAGGCUUCGACACCGAUUUCAAUUUGGAGGAUACGCCACUGGUUUGCCCACUCUCUCAACAAUAUAUGCCAUGGGAGGAUGGCGGGAAUGGGACGGUAGCUCUGAGAACGGGGAACUUACACGGCAUUACUGGCAAAGUUACCGAGACUGAACCCAUCGAUCUUUCACAGGGGAUACUAAUACCGUGUGUCUCGGACAUAGCCAGUAGCCUAACGUAUUCCCCUUCGUCUUCGUAUCAGGGAUCUGUCUUGUCUUCUAUCCAGACAGACUUCGCAUCGGAGAUUUUUUCUACGGGAACGUCAAAGUCGCGUGCUCCUAGCCCUCUACAGCUUAAGGAGAGACUGUCUACUGGCACAGACAGUCAUCACAUAUGCCCAAGGGAUAUGUGUAGGGCUAAGUUCUCCAACAAAAGAGACCUCGAGACCCAUUAUAGUAUUGGGCAUAGACAUACCUGUCUCUGGGGUGAUAAAGGGCCAUGUUCUAGUGCGGGAUUUGCAACUAGCGAAGAGCUCAAUUGGCAUGUCAAGCGUGAACAUCUACUACUAUGUCCGGUGCCCGGUUGUGCAGAAGAUACAUUUGAUUCCAGAGAUCUUCUCGAUUGCCACCUUAAGUAUGCCCACGGCAACACCACAGCGGCCCGGAAUGCUUCAUUUAAGCCGGUGAACCUUCUCGAAACAACGAAAGGGUCUCCGGCAGCACCAGGAGUGGGUUGUCAGAGCCAAAUGUCCAUCAAUAACCUUAAGGCUAUGGAGGGGGAAACGUUUAGGAUGAAGACGGCUGUCGAUCUUUCAAAAAGUCGUUGUCGAGACCGGCUAGAGGCCAUACUUAAGAAGCAGGCGAAUAAAGCUAAAGGUAAGAUACGAGCGUUAAAUCCCAGCGGGAUGGUAGCUAAUGAAUAGUAUUAGGUGGUCCAGUAAAAAACGGCGAAGAUUACAAGGGCCAUGUUUCCAAGUUGUUGGAUUCUGCCAGUUUCCCUAU